CUCAAGUAUAUACGGAGCAUACAAAAAUUUGUUUGCAAAGUGAAUUCAUUUCUAAAUAUUUCACAUCUUGAAUUCGUUGAUAAGCUGCAACAGAAGUGUCUGGCGUCUAAGAAGAUAAAUCCCAAAUCGAAAUCAAUUGGCAAUUUCCAAGCUUUAAUCCAAAUUGGUUGAUGAAUGACGCGGACUGUUAAUCUUUUCCCUAAGCAUUACUGAAACUGUAGCUCCCGGAGAAACUCUACUUCACUAAUCUUGGCCUCAAGAAGGCAGUGGUCAAAAGAGUUGUUUUCGUGUCCAAUUUAUAGAACCCUAAUUGGGAAACAAUCAUAACAGAUGGGCGAGGAAUUGUUUCAGAAGGGGGACAACUCGACGCCUCCACUUUAUUAUAAUUCAUCAGUUCACAACAGCACUGCAACUGCAAGUGAUAUUGAAUCCGCAGCCCAGAAUGCCGUAAUGCGGGAACAAGAAAUUGAAACCCAGAGAGUCAUUCAAGGUCAAAGAGAGGCAGUAGGAGCAGGUGCACCUCCGAAAGAUGAUACCGAUAUUUUUUCUGAAAAACUCAAUCCCAGUGCUUUAAAGGAGCAUAUACUGAAGAUGACCACUGAACAUCGUGCAGAAAUAGCUUUAAAGCGCGGGAAACCUGUCAUUGCUGAUGAAGGUCAUGUAGACAUUGGUAAUGGGUAUGGUGUCCCAGGUGGAGGUGCAUAUUAUAGCUCUUCAAGGUCUGAACUUGACCGAGGGUCAGAGAAGAAGCCUGCUACUAAGGAACUUCCUGAGUACCUUAAGCAGAAGUUGAGAGUAAGGGGUAUUCUUAAAGAUGACAUGGGAAAAGACCACCCAUUGGAAGAUAAUAAUGGUUUAGAUUCUGGUUUAGCUCAACCUGUUAAUAUUCGAAAGUUGCCAUCUGGAUGGGUGGAAGCAAAAGAUCCUGAUAGUGGUGCUUUGUAUUAUUACAACCAAAGCACUGGAAAGAGUCAGUGGGAAAUGCCCGUUGAAACAUCUUUGAUUCCACAAGUUCCCUCACCAUUACCACUUCUAGAAGACUGGGUGGAGGCAUUGGAUGAAACUACUGGUCAUAAGUAUUAUUACAAUACAAAGACACAUGCAUCACAGUGGGAGCAUCCUAAUUCAUCUGAGGUUGCCUCACAACAAUUCUCCAACACUGCAAAUCCCAGAAACCAUAUUUGGGAUGAUCAAUCAUUUGAGCUAAUGAAAUGCAUGGGAUGUGGUGGGUGGGGAGCAGGCCUUGUGCAGGCAUGGGGUUACUGCAAUCACUGUACACGAAUUCUCAACCUUCCACAGUACCACAGCCCAACCUCUAAUUGGAGUAACCAGCAGCAGACCAGCAGUGUUGGAAAUUUCAGAGGAGAUCUUGACAAAAUGGCUUCAAAGCAAAGGUCCAACUGGAAACCUCCCGUGGGCAAAGGAAAUAGAAGAGAGAGCAGAAAACGUGCUCAUACUGAAGAUGAUGAAUUGGAUCCUAUGGACCCAAGUUCUUAUUCAGAUGCUCCCCGUGGUGGCUGGGUUGUUGGCCUGAAAGGAGUACAGCCACGAGCAGCUGAUACCACUGCUACGGGUCCUCUAUUUCAACAGCGGCCAUACCCAUCCCCCGGAGCUGUCUUGCGGAAGAAUGCUGAAAUCGCUUCACAAACCAAGAAAUUUAGUUCUCAUUAUGCACCCAUCUCAAAGAAAGGGGACGGUAGUGAUGGCCUUGGUGAUGCUGACUGAUGUUCCAAUGGUAGAUGGUUCUUUUAGAGCAAGGACUAACAGCGACUUAAUGCAAAGGAGGUUAUUGCAGUUGUCGAAAGGGGACAAAUUGGCUUCAGGCGCUUUGGAUUCUUCAUCAUGUGCGAUAUUGGUGGUCCACAAAACUUCCUUCCAACAGGCAAAGUUGAGACUUGUAUGACAGGACCGGAAUACUUCUGAAAAGAUUGAAAAGUAAAUAAUCUAUUUAAGAGAAGGAAAUGUAAUACCGGUGUUAUGUUCAUGACUAUUGAACUUUAAUUUUGACAAUUUGGAAUGGACUCGUAUUCUACAGUUUGCAGAGGGUUCAUUCAUUUUCUUGGUAGUGAUUUGCUCCAUUCUUUUUCUCUCUUCUAGUGUUAUUUGCAUUUGUUUAGCAUUUGAUUCAGUGACUACACGAUGGUGUACAAGUAUUCGAAUUGAUAUCAACCCACAUGAUCACUUGUGGAGGUUCAACUAGUUGAAUAAGAAAAGAGGGCUAUUGUAGGAUGUCAGUAUUUGAAACUUUACUUUAAAAAAUGUCAGUUUGACCUAAA